AACCGGUCUGCAAGCUUUCACGUUUUGCGUUUGUGGUUUUGAUUUGGAUUGUGAAUAUUCGUGGGAAGUGGGAUAAUUUCGGAGUAAUUAAUACAUGUUGUAGUGUGUUGGGCAAACGUAAACAGCUGUUUCAAUUAAACAUGAAAACUAUAGUGCGACAUUUGUGUGGAUGCAGAUUUCUGAAUUUCAUUCGCAGCAGUAAAUCAAUAAGGCAAUUUCAUUUUUCAAUAAAAGGAAGACAAACAGCUGGAGUCGCAAAAGGCCAGAUUUCACAUGAUUAUCCUGUAGUUGACCAUACUUAUGAUGCAAUUGUUGUUGGUGCUGGAGGUGCAGGCCUUCGAGCUGCCUUUGGCUUGGUUCAAGAAGGUUUCAAAACAGCUUGCAUUACUAAAUUAUUCCCUACAAGGUCACACACUGUUGCUGCACAGGGUGGAAUAAAUGCAGCUUUAGGGAACAUGGAACCAGACGACUGGAAGUGGCAUAUGUAUGAUACAGUGAAAGGCUCUGAUUGGUUAGGAGACCAAGAUGCUAUUCACUAUAUGACUCGAGAAGCUCCUCAAGCUGUUAUUGAACUUGAAAAUUAUGGUAUGCCUUUUAGCCGAACAUCAGAUGGUAAAAUAUAUCAACGAGCAUUUGGUGGGCAGUCAUAUAAUUUUGGUAAAGGAGGGCAAGCACAUCGUUGUUGCUGUGUUGCUGAUAGAACAGGCCAUUCACUUCUGCAUACUCUUUAUGGACAGUCACUGCGAUAUGACUGCAACUUUUUUGUUGAGUAUUUUGCUUUAGACCUGCUUAUGGAGAAAGGUAUUUGUAAAGGAGUGAUUGCUUUGUGUCUUGAAGAUGGAUCUUUACAUAGAUUCAGAGCAAAAAAUACUGUAUUAGCAACAGGAGGAUAUGGACGUGCAUAUUUUUCAUGUACUUCAGCGCAUACCUCUACAGGUGAUGGAAUGGCCUUAGUAGCUCGAGCCGGUCUUCCUAAUCAAGACUUGGAAUUUGUACAGUUUCAUCCCACUGGUAUUUAUGGUGCUGGAUGCCUUAUAACAGAAGGGUGUCGAGGUGAGGGUGGUUUCUUAAUUAAUAGUGAAGGUGAAAGGUUUAUGGAGAGAUAUGCUCCUGUUGCUAAAGAUCUUGCUUCCAGAGAUGUUGUAUCACGUUCUAUGACAAUUGAGAUCAGAGAAGGAAGAGGCUGUGGACCUGAGAAAGAUCAUGUUUAUCUUCAGCUGCACCAUUUACCUCCAGAACAGUUAGCUACACGUUUACCUGGUAUAUCUGAGACUGCUAUGAUUUUUGCUGGUGUGGAUGUUACACGAGAACCUAUUCCUGUCCUUCCAACUGUCCAUUAUAAUAUGGGAGGCAUUCCUACAAAUUACAGAGGCCAAGUUAUAACACAUGAUGCUGAAAAAGGUGAUGUAGUUGUUCCUGGACUUUAUGCUUGUGGAGAAGCUGCUUGUGCUUCUGUUCAUGGAGCUAAUAGACUUGGAGCAAAUUCUCUCCUGGAUCUUGUUGUUUUUGGACGAGCGUGUGCACAUACUAUUGCUGAAGUUGAUAAGCCUGGAGAUCCAGUCCUUGAACUUUCCCCAACUGAUGGUGAAGAAUCUGUUGCCAAUUUAGACAAGACGAGACAUGCUAAUGGUACUACCCUUACAUCACAGCUUAGGUUACAAAUGCAGAAGACUAUGCAGACACAUGCAGCUGUUUUCAGAACUGGUGACAGUUUGAAAGAAGGAGUUAAAAAAAUGUCAGAAAUAUUUCAAGGACAGGAAGACCUCAAAGUGUGUGAUCGAGGUAUGAUAUGGAAUACAGAUCUUGUAGAAACUCUGGAAUUGCAAAACCUAUUAUUGAAUGCUGUACAGACAGUAUGCAGUGCUGAAGCUAGGAAAGAAAGCCGAGGCGCUCAUGCACGUGAAGAUUACAAGUCUCGUGUCGAUGAAUAUGAUUAUUCCAAACCCUUGGAAGGACAGACCAAAAAACCUUUGAGUGAACACUGGAGGAAGCAUACUUUGUCGUGGAUUGAUAAAAAUGGAAAGGUUACUCUUAAUUACAGACCUGUUAUUGAUGAAACUCUAGAUGAAAAGGAGUGCAAACAAGUUCCACCUGCCCUCCGUGUUUAUUAAGGAGUAGUCGGUACAUUCUUCUCUCCGCACAGUUUGCACUGAAGAAUUAAAUAUGUGCUUUGUGAUACAAAGUUGAACUUUGAGGUUUAAUUCAUUUUUAGAUCUGAAGAUACUAAGUCAGUACCUAGGCUUUUACAUUUUGGAACUAAUUCUGCUGUGGACUAGUUGCACCUUGUGCCCAUUUUGCUUUUAGGAGGAGGAGAAAAAAUAAAAAUUAUACACUUGUUAAAUUUAUAA